ACCAUCACCGCACGUCGUCACAAAACACUUUACGCGCGGCUCGAGUCGAGAUCGCUUGAUACGCCUCCUGAUAACUCUCUGUGUUGUGCCGCCUGGUUCGGGCGUCGUCAUGACCAGUCAGUUGCGCAGGAUGAGCUAUUGCAGGUCCUCCGAGGAGGUGAUGAACUCGGCAAAGAGUUGGAUGCAGAAAGAAGUGAGCAGCAGCCAUCAGCCUCUGUACUGCUGGGCCGAAGCCGGCGCGUGGCCUCCGCGCGGCUGCUACCGGGACUCUGUACGAUCGUCGCUCCACGACGAGGAGAUGGUGGGCCUGCGCUGUGAGUGGGAGCGCAAGACAGACAGGAAGUUCCACCAGAAUCAGCUACGCCUCCAACAGGAGCGCCAGCGGGAGCAGGCUGACAGGCAGCUGCACGACAGAAGAGACAGGCUGAUGCAAGUGCUGGAGAGUGAGAAGAAAGUGCUUGAAGGAAAGCUGACUGCCUUAAACUUGGCUGAGAAAUCAACUAGGCGUCAACGGUGUUGCAAUCCUAAAGAAAAGGAUUCACAGCUCUCUGAAACGAUCAGAACAAAUCAGUAAAGUGGGACAGCCCCUUUUUUUACCCUUUCCAUCCACAGCGAGUUUCUUGGCCAAGUGGCAGCUCACUUCUGUGCAGUACUUCAUGGCACAUUUAAGAGUUCAAGCAACGUAAAGCUAUUAACACACACUGCUGUAACAUCUUGGAGCAAAAAUAAUACUACACAGGAACUGUGUUCAAAGGCCUACCAAGGAUUUGGGAUAAUCAAAAUGAUAAAUCCUUAGGUUUUAAGGAACAAAGGAAAUGCACCAAAUCAUCUGAGAAGUUUCUGAUUAUAUGUAACAUUUCACACACACAAAAAUAAUUCCUUUCCCUCUUUUUGUGCUCAACACUGAUGAAGCCAUCAGCUGCCUUGGACCACAGACACUGAAAGGCAAAAAUUUUUUUGUCAGGCGUGGCUAAACAACAUGUUUAGAUCCAUCCCACACCAUAGCUUGUAACAAGACAUGGUUGUCACUGUCAGUUCAAUCUUGCUUAGCCAUGCCUGACCCCAAGAAAAAGUCUGCUAUGGCUGCUUCUGUAAUCUUUAGCCGCUGAACUGACAGUGACAACCAUGUCUUGUUAGAAGCUA